CCUACGCCCCCCCUCUCUCUAUGGAAGAACGUAGAAAGCAACUCUCUCGCAACACAUUCAAGUGGGGAGAUGCCCCCGGAUCCCUCAACACCCCCGCCAUUCUCGCCGCUUCCCGAAAUAACAGCGUCGGCCCGGUCCGGCGGCCGGAGACUCACUCCGCAGCACGUGCACCACCGCCCCUGAUUCCCCCCGACGCAGACUUCGUUCUCUGCCAAUGCAACCGCGUUGAAGGAUCAGAGCGCUGGGACCGAGCCAUCAUGAAUCCGCCCACUGCGCGCAAGAGGGAGCGCACAACACCGCGAACAUUCUCUUGCGAUGGCUGGACACUCGAUAACCUCAUCGCAGACCACCGGAAUUUCAGGCAUAUCCCCCGCAUCCAAGCUACGGCGAGCGCGUCCAAGUCCAUCUAUCAACAGAUUCAGGAUGAGAAACUCGAGACCGACGGCAAACCGUUCGUAGUUGAGGGGUUGCAUCGAUUGCCUGGUUGGUCGCAGGACUUCACACCUGAAUGGUUGAUGGUCGAACGCGGAGAAGAGAACAUCAGCGUUCGGAACGUGCAUAGUCGGAUUGACAGCAACAUGAGGAUGGACGAGUUUGUGCGAGGCGCGCGACGUGCCCCGUGCUUCGCGACAGAGGGAGAGGCAGAGCGUCUCUACGGCAAAGAUGUCAGGUGUCCUGCAGAGUGGGAAACGUUCCUGCUCCAGGGCGGAGUCGUGCCCGCCGAGAUGACUCCUGGCGCGUCAUCCAACCUGUUGAAUAACCUGCCUGAAGACGACCAACCGGAAACGCUCAUGUGUUAUCUUGGGAUCGGAGACACAUUCACUCCAUGCCACAAAGACCUCUGUGCUUCGUCCGGUCAAAACCUCAUGUGCUACACGGAAAACGACGGGUCGUCGUUCUGGUUCAUGACGGACACAUCGGACGCCCUCGCAGUUGCCGAAUACUUCAAGGACAAGCUGCUGCAAGAUCUGGACCACGAAUCACAUGUAACCUCCCUCAAAGAGCUCAGCAAAGCGCCGUUCCCGAUCUACGUGACACAGCAGAAACUGGGUGAUCUCGUGUUCGUGCCACCCCGAUCGGCGCACCAAGUCGUCAACUCCGGCGGCCUCACGAUUAAGACCUCAUGGUCGAGGAUGACCCUUCGCGGACUGACACUCGGGCUGCGUUUUGAGCUUCCCUUGUAUCGACGAGUCUGUCGUUACGAGGUUUACCGGGUCAAGUCGACAAUCUAUCACACACUCAAGAGAAGCAUCUCGGAGACGAGGACAGGGACGACCGCGGCGCUGCUUCCACUGCUGGACUCUAUCAUUGUCGAAGAAUACUCGCCUCGACAUGCUGAAAUGCCCCUGCAUCAGGGAUCUCUUUCCUGUGAUUUCUGCGGACUGGACAUUUUCCAGAGCUUCUUCGAGUGUGGCGAAGCCUGCAAUGUCGUCAUCUGCCCGGGUUGUUAUCUGGAGGGCCGUAUAUGCAAGUGCGGAGAUGCGAUGAUAGCCAAGCAGAUCCGACCGUUCGAUGAGCUGAUGCGAGUGAGGCAGCAGGCCGCAGAUUCUUUGCUCGACUCCGAUUUGGAAUUUGAUUGCGAGGCGGGACUGUUGUCCCAGGAGGAGAACGCCCUCUUCCGCGGCGCUCUUUUGUUGCAGCAACGGCGGCUUGCAGUUAAUGACGAGGAACGAAGUUGCCGGCCCUCAGCAGAUCGGAGUCGAACCCACAAGGUGCCCCGGAUCGAAAACUUGGCCUGCGUCAAAUGUCACGCGGGGACAUGUUUCGCCCAUCUGCUGUGGGAUUUAAACCUCCACUCCGGCGAGGCGCUCCAGGAGUUUGGGAAAGACUUGACCCGCACACAUUACCAUAAUGUCCACAAGGCCAGCAAGCAGAGGAAAAAAGAUGGCGUCGAGCUGAAGAAAGUAAGAAAAGAAGAUCCUGCUUGUCCGCCGAGGCCGUGGGAGCAACUGGUCUAUCUGGCGACAAAGUAUCCAGAUCCACGGCCUGUGAAUCCAAAAGGAACGAAGAUCGGGUUUUAUGAUCUGGGGUAUUGGGAUAUCUCCGAGGUCGGUCGGUCCCUGGCACAUUCCGUGGGAGGAUUGCGGUUAACCUAUGAAUCUCAGACACCGGACGAGGAGGUCUCUGACAUCCAUCCUCUCAUUAAAUCUAUGAACUCUCCUGUCACGCUGCCCCUGGCUGCCCCAGUCGAGAACCCUUCGCCGGUCGAGACGUCCUCGCCAAUCAAAGCCUUGUCGCCGGUCGAUAGUUCUGUGUCAGUGAAGGCAUUUUUGCUGGACAAGACCUCGCCGCCUAUCGGCCGCUGGAUCAUGGACUACGUGCUGAUUCCUCCAGUGCCGCCAGCACCGAAAAAGACCUCAUCGUGGAGGGUCUCCUUGAAAGAGAGGGAUCAGGUGCUCCUCAAGGAUCGGCUGCCGCCUAGAGAAGAACGGUCUCGGGAGCGAUUCGAGCCUGCCGCAGACAUUUCAGUUGACCGAUCAGUCGACAGCAAGGCUGGGCAUGGGCUGGCGCCCGCAGCCCCGGUUAUUCGGAAAAAAGUCAAUACCAAUCUGCAUUUCCAGAGGCAUGAUAGAUCUCUAGUCGAUGCGUGCAACGAGGCAUCUCUCCAAAACAACGCGUACAAUGGACGAGCCACGCCGAACCGUUACGACACUCCAGAUAGAUACAACAUGCCGAACCGGCAAGAUGCGCCGGACCAGUCCGUGGAGAACCGCCAAGACACGCCAGAAAGAUACGACAAGUCGUAUCGUAAGCGAAAAGCCGCCACAACACAUGGCACUUCCAGCAAACGGCUCCAAGUCGAACCGGCGCAGGCAUCGUCCAGUUCCGUGACCGGGUGGAGCGAACCGACUGGCAAAGGGGACGAUCUUGCAGCCUUGAAAAAUGCAUACGAGGAGCUCUACGACGAGCACCAACGAGCACUCGAGGAGCUGAAGGAGUUGCGCAACUUACCCAAUCUGGCAUACAGCAUCACCGCUGGUGUUUCGUCUGCCCUUCAGCAUGGACCGCCACGACGGCCGAGACCCGGUUACCCUCCCAUGAUGGAUGUCUCGUCACCACCAUCGAGGGCCAGUCGUGGCCGUGGUUAUACGCGCGGGAGAGUGUACCAACCCGGACACCAUCGGCAGCAUCGACAUUUCGAGCAUGGGUCCCAGGGUCAGCACGUGACCCCACAAAGACUGGAACGGGCGUCCUGGCCUCAGACAGAGCCUGUCCACUCACCGAGUCUCCGAAGCAGAACGAGCUAUCAGCCUGAAAGCUCGCCCGCCGACGGAUAUGAGGAGCGCGGGGACUGGGACUGA